ACCCGACACAUUCUGUACUACAACGACAAGGACAACACACGAAAACAUGGAGCAAAUACAUGAGCGCCUUUGACGAAGAAGAUCAAAAAAUGGCACAGACUUGCCGGAAGAUGAAGCGACAGCAAAUCGACGCCUUUCUGUCACCGACAAAUACGCGAAAUCUCUUGGUUUUCGACGAGGAAUACCAGAAUACGUGAGGAUUUUUUCUCAACAUUACCGCCACAGUUCCAGGAGGGGAAAGGAGUAAAUAAAAUGGCUACGAUUGUUGGUCCAGAGGAGGCUUGUGAACGGACGGCGAUGGAGAGGUUCGGCAGCGGAGGACUGGCGCUUCUGCCUUGGACUAAACAGAUGCUCACCGUACUGUGGGAACAGCUUCGACUGCUGGUUCAGGUCAUAUACUACACCUUCAUGUCAGUUUUCCAGAUGUUCAGGUUUGAGGUGCAUGUGAGAAUCACAGACGAGACGGGUCAGCACAUCCAGCACAUGAGCACAGCAGCAAACCCGACUGAAUCCUUCCUGUUCUCCUCGCUGUUUGACGGAGACAACGGCGUGAUGGUCGGAAGUUCGAAUCCCCUCUCUAACUUCUGUGCUGAUGUUGGCGACCCGUUCACUGGCAAGUCCCCCGCCGAGGCCCUGCUGUCCAGUCUGCGUGCUGACGACCUAUGCUGCGGACUGGUGGACGAUUUUGUGUCCCGAACAACCGGCAAAGAAGACGGCCUCUUUCUAGGACACCAGUCGAGCUGGAAAAUGGGCUUCCCUGGCGACUGGAACAUCUUUGUAUCAAGCAACGACAGCUCUGGCACAAGUGACACCUGUCAUAAAGGUAGCGAGAGAGCCUUCAAACAGGAUAUUUCAACGGAGAACGUGUUCAAACAGGACACUUCAGAAGAGGAGAGAAGCCCUCACUGGAGUAGCGAGGAAGACCAGAACGUGGUAGAAUUCGACAGUGAGGAAAGUAAGGCGCUUUGGGAGUCUCUGUCAAAAUCCAGUGAUCCUUACAACCCCUUCUUUUUCUCUGCGUGCAUUUCAACAAACACAAACAUGGGGAAAAAUAAAAGUGAAGCGAGAGACCGCAGUGAUACUGACCUCAUGUCAGCGAGCAGAUCCAGGGAGGAGGUGUUGGGGCCUCAAGGCCUGAGUGUCUGGGUCAGUCGCUCCGACAGCGAGAGCAGCUGGAGCAGCUGGGCCAGUUCUGACGGUUCGAGUCCGGACAUCGACGAGGAGAGCGAGAGGCUCUUGGAGUUUUUCAACAGUCACGACCCCUACAAUCCCAUGUGUUUCACUGCCUGCACAGUCAGCAGCACGUCGGCUCGAAACACCACCACCACCACCUCUAAACAACAGGCCUCGCUUCCUGCACCUCCCUGCAAGUCGGACACAGACACCGAGGAGAGGGAGAGCAGCUUUCCUCCCUCCUCUGAGGAUGACGAAGAGGAGCAGCUGUGGGAGUCCCUCUGUCCAAAGGAUGACCCGUACCACCCUCUCAACUUCCAGGCCUGUCUCCAGAGUUCCCCAUCAGCGACAACAACAACACUCAAGUCCAGAGAGGAUCUGCAUUCCCUUGAUGCCCACAGCACAGAAAAUCUACCCACAAAGAACAAGAAAUUUGAAAAAGAGGCGACAACAACGGAAAAAUGCACAACCACCAAGCCCUUUCUGCCAGACAGACAUUUAAAGCAUCACUCCCAUCCAGACAAAACACUGGUGCCCUGGAAACGACCUGGGCAGACAGUGGAGAGGAAGGAGAGCAAGGCCAGCACCACCCAGAAGAAGGUGCGAUUUUCUCCUCUUGUCCAAGUCCAUGUCAUGCGGACCUGGCCGUUUGCUCGACAGGCGUCUCGUAAAGGACCCUGGGAAGAAAUGGCUCGUGACCGGGACCGCUUCCGGAGGCGGAUCCGGGACACGGAGCAGGCCAUCGGCCACUGCUUCGCCCAGCCCCACAGAGAGAGGAUGCGGGCGUAUCUGGACGGUGCCUUGAAAUAAAUAAAAGUCCUGAACACUGAAUGUUUAAUUUCCUUUUUGGAUGAGAACUCGUGAUUGGUUGCAAUGCAACAGUGAUUUUGAUUUAGGCCAAUUAGAAAUUUGAUGUUAGGCCAACUUUAAUGUUCGGUGUCAAGUUGAACAACCUUGUACCUCAAAAGGUUUUAUACAUUGUGUGACUGUUGCACUGACUGACACUUUCUCAUAUUAACCUCAGCAUUAAUGUGUGGAAUGUUGUUUUUUGUAUGCCUUAUAUACUGAUGACCUAGUAAUGUAACUUAUUUUUGCCCUACGGAGCUUGUCAUUUAUUUUUUACUGAUUUUAUGUGUUUUUUUAUGCGUGAACAAACUGCAGUGGUUUACAUAGAAGUUAAAAGUAGACACUGAUGCUAUCAUAAGAAAGCAGAGCUCCACAGUGCAAAAGUGUUUUGAAAGCUUGAAGGAUUUUGUCUUGUUGUUCCAAUAUUUUGGUUCUUGAUAUUGAAGUUGUCUUGUAUUUCCUUCUUUGAUGGUACCUAAACGCAGCCUUUUAGUACUGAGUGUGGAGAUGGAUGUCCUAAUUCUGGCUUUGUCUGCAAACAUUCGAACACUUUGUCCUGUAGCUCACUCAGCCUCUCAUGGUAACACCAUGUAGCCAAAAAUAUGUCAGAAAUCAUCUGUAGAAAAUCUGUCAUUAGGUGCUUUGUCGAAUCAAUAAAAUUUGUCACAUGA